AUGGCACAGGACAGUGCGGACCAGAUGAGUGGCUGCAUUCGCCCAAAGAUCCAGACAAUGAGCGCUGAGGUCCGCGCAGAUAACCCCUACUCGCGGCUUAUGGCUCUACAGCGGAUGGGCGUUGUUCAAGACUACAAGGCCAUAACAAAAAAGGCUGUUUUGUUGGUGGGCGUGGGCGGCGUGGGCUCAGUAGCUGCCGAAAUGCUUGUUCGCUGCGGUGUGGGCAAGUUGAUUCUUUUUGACUUCGACUGUGUCGAGCUUUCGAAUAUGAACCGCCUCUUCUUCACUCCCAAGGAUGUUGGGCUCACCAAGGUCGAGGCUGCACGGCGGACUCUCGCCUUCGUGAAUCCGGACGUGGAGUUGGAGACUCACAACGCAAACAUUUGCAAGGACUUCGACCUUUUCCUAUCACGUAUUUUGAACGGGAAGGGAUCAAUGGCCCAGCAACAACAAGGCGAGGGUGGCGAGGCAAACAGAUCCGUACGAAGUCGUAAACUACACUGCCCAGGGAGCCAUCCGGUUGACUUGGUGUUGAGCUGUGUUGACAACUAUGCAGCUCGCAUCACAAUCAGCCAGGCCUGUAAUGAAGCCGGCAUCCCAUGGAUGAACAGCGGCGUCAGUGAAAGUGCGACUAGCGGUCAAGUGCAGCUUUGUAUCCCUGGGAUUCUCGCAUGUUUCCAGUGCGCCCCGCCUUACGUUGUGGCGACGAAUGAAGACGAAAACGCGAUAAAACGCGAAGGAGUUUGCGCAGCAUCCUUACCGACGACUAUGGGGGUCACUGCAGGAUUUUUGGUGCAAAAUGCUCUCAAGUUUCUCCUGGGGUUUGGCAGGCCUUCAACUUUUAUUGGCUGGGAGUCUCUACACGAUUUCUUUUCAUCUAUGCAGCUGCGGCCCAACGACCAGUGCGCUGACGUCUGGUGCUGCAAACGACAGAAAGAAGCAAACGAAAAGAGCCUCACAGUUGAGGAUUACUUCCCCCCCGUGCAGAAGAGUAGUGCUCCAGACAAACCCCUACACGAGGAGAAUCCUUUCGGAAUAAGUCUGGUGGCAGAUGGGGAGGACCAAAACCAAGAGCAAGCAACCCACAAAACAACAAGUUCAGAGAAGGCCACCGGGUGUCUUGAAUCGGUCGAUGAUUUAGCGGCUAGGCUGAAGUCCUUGCAAAGCUGA